AGUUCAGGUCGCGUGCGUCUCUACAUCAGAUCAAAUCGGAAAUGUGGGAACAAUCGGAAGCCGCACAAUCAUUGCGUAUAACCCCUAAAUCAUUUUAGCGGAUAUAAACAUUUUCACAGCAUACAUUGAAAACUUAGUUUCACUUCCUCAGUCGAAUAGAAAGUGUUAACAAGUAAUGUACGAUGUUCAGUUAGUCGGUUGCUCGAUGAUUACACAGUAUCCUGCGCAACAAUCAAUUGUGUUUGUGGCGAAGGAAUGCCAAAUCAAGUCACAAUUCAGUGGCGCGGGAGCCACCAUCAGUGAUGGCCGUCUCGUGGUACGCUGUUGCAUUCCUCGCCGCUACGGCUCUUGGUGCCUCUAUAGCACCGAACCAACAAGUUUUUGAGAAGUCCGCAUGUGGAAGGGUGUGGAUAACGAUACACUCGCCAAGUAUUCGCACGUCGGGGGGCGGAAACCUAUUGGAUGCCAUUGAACUUAACUGGGAUUUCAGCACCUGUUCUAACGUACCCAUGCAGAUAGGUCUGUUUGACAACAGGCCGCUAUUAUGGAACAAUGCGAUAGCGGUAUUUUCCAUUGACUCAGUAGAGGGUUUCGUUGUAACGAACGUAUCGCUGGGCGAGGGCAAGUUGCCAGCUGGUUGGAAUACUGGCACUGGUUUCAAAGGCCCUCAUUGUCUUUGGCCGUGGGUCGGAGCUGGCGACAGUCACAUCGUGGCAUACAACUGCCUGAAAAUUCAGCCAACAUGGAUGGAAGAUAAUUCAGAUAGAAUCAACAAACUGCGAAUCGGCGAGCUGGUGAUUCCGGGCACGCAUAACGCUGGCGCGUGGCGGUUUGACACGGAGAUAAGCACCAUUUCCAGAGAUAGCUUCGUCCUCUGCCAGGACCGGUCCAUCUGGGCCCAGCUGGUCCACGGCAUCAGAUACUUCGACUUCAGAAUCGCCUAUUAUGACUUCUAUCCACGGGAAGAAGACAGAUACUGGUUGAACCAUAACUUGAUUCGUGUGCGGCCUCUUCUACCACUCUUGAGAGAAAUUCGAGCCUUCCUCGACAGUACUAAAGAGGUAGUAUUUCUCGAUGCCCACCAUUUCCCGUUGGGUUUUUAUCACCAAAACGGCGCUCCUAUCCAGGAGGUACAUCUCGGCUUACUAAGACUCGUCCAGCUUGAAUUAGGACCUCACAUAGCCACGGCCUCACAAUUCGCUACCGGUUCCGGCACGAGAGGACCAACCUUGCAAACUUUGGUGGACGCUGAUAAACGACUUCUAUUUAGCUAUGUGGACAAUAAUAUAGUCGCUGGUAACCGGUGGUUAUGGCCAAUUUUACCCCAUCUUUGGGCGAACACAAAUAGCCCUUCAGAUUUGUUCCACUACUUAGAUCGGAUGAUCGACAUCUCUCCUUUGCCCUCUGCUCGCUCCCCGCUGUUUUCUGCGAUGGCUCAAACGACACCUACCGUCUUAGACAUUCUCUUCCUCAGAGGCUCGCUUCGAGAAAAUGCUGAUUCCGUCAAUCGUAACGUAACUGCACGUCUCAUAAGUCGAUGGCGACACAACGCAAACAUAAUCUCAUCCGAUUUUUUCCUUGCCAACGAUGUAAUCGAUGUUUCAAUAGCUCUUAGCGUCGAACGUUCUAAUCGAUUAUGACAAAGUGGCGUUCGCCUCCGAAAUGGCGGGAUCAUCGUUAACAAAUCGUAUCGCAUUCCAGUGAAAGCCUACGGGCGACUUCCCUCUGGACUACCGCUAACCGAGUACCACCGAAACCGCUCCAAAACUCCUCGUUGAUUCAAACUACUUAACCAAUUUAUUUAAUAUAAUGAUUCCCGUUACUGAUCGGUCACAUACUGUACAGGAAUUCAUUAAAACUAGUUGACCACAGUGAGAUGUAUUUAGGUAUAUUUAUAUAUGUAUUUUAAGUGUGAACUAGUCCAUAAUUACUUGUUAAGAUACAAUGUAGUUUACAAAUGCCAAAUAAAGUAUAUUAUUGUAUAACGACGACCAAAUUUGAUAAAAUAAAAGAGGGUACAUAAUGUUUAAUUUUUUGCUUAUAUUAAUUUAUUAUACGUUACAAUAAAUAGUAUGUAAAUAUUAAUAAUAAUUGUACUUGCAACAAAACGAGGUAGAUUAGCCGUGCACGGAGCACGUUACAGUCAUAUCUUAUAUCACGUGUGCGGAGCCAACAACGGCAAUAGUUCCGCGCGACUCAUCCGAGACAAAGCGCGGGCGUCGAGUCCCAUCGCAGCCGCUGCGCCGCGGACGUCGAGACCAAAGCUCUGCAAGAGCGCAGCUAGCGCCACUUCCUCGCCGGUCCGAGGAUCACGCAGUCGAGGGCAGGAACCGUUGCACUGCGGCCAGGAGCAUCGUUCCACAAGCCUUCUUGGCGCGCAUCGUGCACGCUCUUUCCUACUACCGUUGCUAAAUCGCCUCUCCCAGCACGAGAUUGCCCUCGGCAAUGACACACCUGACACAUUAAUCGCCAACCACUCAGGUCGCGCGAGUGCUCCGUGAGCGAUGCAAGCGGGUGCAAAAGUGGAACGUACGUUCUUAAGACUUGCCCGAAUCGCC